GAAAGAGGGGGAGAGAGAGAGAGAGAGCUUCUCAGUACACAAGUGUUGUGACCGUUUUUGUUACAGCCGACACAAUCGUCGGAGCAUUUUGCGGGGAUAAAAGCGACAAAGAACAACCCAGCCGAAAUGUCGACGGUGGAAGGAGGAAUGAAAUGUGUCAAAUUCCUUUUGUUCGUGUUCAACUUUAUCUUCUGGUUGAUGGGAUCCUUUGUUCUGGCGGUGGGACUGUGGCUGCGCUUCGAUCCAGAAACCGUGUCUCUUCUCAAUGUUGACAAGGCUCCAGACACUUUCUUCAUUGGUGUCUACAUCCUGAUAGGUGCUGGCAGUAUGGUAAUGUUGGUUGGUUUCUUCGGCUGUUGUGGAGCUGUUCGGGAAUCUCAGUGCCUGCUGGGUUCUUUCUUUGCCUGUCUGUUGAUCAUCUUUGGUGCAGAGGUGGCAGCUGGGGUGUUUGGAUUCUUAAACAAGGACAAGAUUAUCAAAGACGUUCAGACCUUCUACGCCACAACCUACAAUGAAAACAAUAACAGCACCAUGAUCCUGUCAUACCAGAGAGUACUGAACUGUUGUGGGACCAUAGACAGCCUCUGCCCUGACCCUGCAACAAAUCAAAAGGACUGUGAGACCGGCAUCAAGGAGUUCUUCAACAGUAAACUCUACAUCAUUGGAUACGUGGGCAUCGGCAUCGCGGGAGUCAUGAUCAUUGGGAUGAUCUUCAGUAUGGUGCUCUGCUGCGCCAUUCGCAACAGCAGGGAGGUCAUCUAAGCGGAGCCGCUGACCAUUACCUCUUCCCAGCCAUAAGAGACUGUACAGCCUUCAGUUUAAAUGUCAACCGUAGCUCGUCAUCCAUCCAGGGACCCAGGAGAUAAGAUUGUGAUCAAAAAUAUCCACCAUGGUGCUCAAACCAGCUCUCCUGGCCCAUUCUUUUGUACUAUGUUCUCUUUCACUAUUAUUUGCACUCACGAGCAAAGUAGCACCCUCUACCUUCCACAGCAUUCUGAUGGGACUAAGACGGCUGGAUCGAUGUGAUUUCUGAUGUUGCCAUGACAAUCCGUCAAAUUGUUUUCCUCCUCGCGGCCAUUUGGUCAACAUUAUGAAUGUUAACCCGCAUACUGUCGCUGUGGUGUCAAUUCUUUUUCACACAGCCUUGACACUGACCCCUCAACUGUGGGAAACUCAAGCCCCGAGAGAGCAAACCCCAGUGGCCAACGCUAUGUUGUGUUACAUGAGAUCCUGAAAGAAAGAGGUUGGCCCGAAUCUCCUAUGUAAUCCUGAACAAAUACUCAAUUUCGUCCCAAAGGAAGGGCUCCUUUUAUAUGUACGCUCUCUCACAUCAAAUAUUUAUAUUCCUGACUCUCGGUGGACUGUAUUUCAAGAACACGUUGGCGUGUGUGGAUGUUCAAUGGCUAAAUAUAUGCCAGCCAGUGAAGAGGGAGUGGGGCUGUGGAAUUGGAUUAUUCAAACCAGUAGGAAUCUCCCCACCUUCACCUUCCUUCCCCUCUGUGCCUCUUUAAAGUACUCCACCGACAACAACACAAAAACUGGGAAAUAACCCAUUUCAUUCCUCUCAUCUCUGAUUUCUACAGGACUCUGGGAUGUAAAUAUAUGUGACUUCUCUUGUAGUUGCACAUUAUUUGUGGAUGAUGCGACAGUCCCUAUUUAACAAGCUGUGUGUAGAUAGAUUCUUGUAUAAUGUUGUAGUCAUGACGGUGUUUGCAAUAGUCAAACAAAUCCACACAGCUCACUAACUUAACGUGCCUUUUUUUUUUGAUAACGAGCUCUUUGAAAAACCGGCUGUCAGAACGUAGCAAAAGAUUGUAGCGUGUGUAGAGUGUACAUAUGUUUGUUUAGUUGGACUGCUUGGAGUGAUUGUAACACACAUUGGACCGGCCAUUGUUGUGGUGUCCCACACUUCUUUUCCUGCCAAGAAAGCUGAAGUGGUAAAAGCAGCAACAUC